UCACAUUAUCAGGUCGAAAGUAGUUCUCAAACAUUUUUAGUCAUAACGUUAGAAAAGCUCUUGAAAAAUUAUCAGUAAAAGUAGACAAAAAGAAAGCAGAAAGCUACAAAAAUGGAAUUCGGCGAUAGGGUUUUUGACCGUAUGGAUGAGUGGACCAAGGCAACUCAAGACAAACCCGGCGAAAUGGGACGCAUCUUGGCCGUACUUCUGACCAUCAUAGUAAUCUGCUACGCGAUUGUCGUGGUGUCUCGCAUUGUGGUGUCCCUGGCCGUGCCAACCCUGGUUAUAGUGGGUCUACUGCUGGCCUAUCGCUUUGUAACCCCCUCCGAAAUGGAAGAUGGUCUCAAGGAGGUUCCCGGUAUACUUACAACAUUUACGGACUUUAUUACUGGCAUUUUUCACAAGGCGAUUACAAACUAGAAGGCCUUGGGACAUGUGGUGUUCGUAAAUUGUUAAUGGGUAUAUUGAACCAUAUUCGGAAGUAAUCGAGGCUAAUUUUGUAAUU